ACAACUGUUAUAGUGAAAUGUGAAUAAGGAAUGCAGUGAUGGAAUGUUUAACAAGUAUUGGUGCAUUAAAAACAGUGAAAAUGUUAGUGUUAUCGAAUAUGUUUCGUGCAAGCCAUCCGCAGAAUCAAAUCGGGCCUCAAGUUAACCCGAUUUCCGAAAGAGUAAACGAGACGCGGAGAGAAGAAUUGUUGUCACAGAAUUCUUUAAAUUUAAAACAACGGACCAAAACCCAAGACAAUAUAAGUGUGCAUCAAAAUAUUGAUGAGGAGACGAAGAAAUUGAAACGAGACAAAUGUCUUUCUAACAGUGCUGACGCGAUAAUCGCGCCAAAUCAUGCCAAAAGUAAAGUGAUAUGUAAUGCCAAAGGUUUAUUAGAAACAAAUUUAGAUGAUUUAUUCAACGAUGGACAUAGUGCAGAUUGGACAGCCGAAUCAAAGAGUUUGGGAGUUAGUGAGCCCACUUUAAAUUUUAAUGAAGAAAACUAUAAAGAUUUAUACAAACGUGAAUCUCUCGUGUCAGACGUUGACAGUGAGGAAGAUACAGGUACGGAUAGUGAUUGCAUGGAUGAAGUGGUGCGGGAGCAACGGAUAUGUUUGGGGGCGAGGCGCUUCGGACAUAUGCUUCGCAGAGUUAUAUCUAGAAAUGUGUUUCCGAAUGUGCCACCGGCGCCUGGCAUGCCCUGUGCGGGCGAAGAUAGAAGCAUAUACAGACGGGGUGCACGGCGGUGGCGAAAACUUUACCGAGUCAAUGGACACAUAUUCCAAGCCAAACGAUUUAAUAGACGCGCCUUCUGUGCCUUCUGCCAAGACCGAAUCUGGGGCCUGGGACGGCAAGGCUUCAAAUGCAUUCAGUGCAAAUUGUUGGUGCACAAGAAAUGCCACAAGUUGGUUCAGAAGCCCUGUUCCAAUGAGCACGUGGACCCCGUCGAGGUUAAAGACGAUGCCAAUGGAGAGAGCACACUGGGUCGGGCGUCGUCUGUUAGAUCACGUGCGGAGCCCGAGCCACCGCUGCCGGAGACCCCGCCGGCGCCGGCGCCGCCCGCCCCGGUGCGGCCCGAGGACCUGGAGCCGGGCUCACAGCGGCAGUACUCGCUGGAAGACUUCGAACUUAUCAGGGUCAUCGGUAGAGGCUCCUAUGCUAAGGUGUUAAUGGUAGAAUUGAAGAGAACGAAACGUGUGUAUGCGAUGAAAGUGAUCAAAAAGGCUCUAGUGACGGACGACGAGGACAUAGACUGGGUACAGACGGAGAAACACGUGUUCGAGACCGCCUCCAAUCAUCCGUUCCUGGUCGGGCUCCACUCGUGCUUCCAGACGCCCAGCCGUCUGUUCUUUGUCAUCGAGUUCGUUAGGGGAGGAGAUCUCAUGUUCCACAUGCAGCGGCAACGGCGGCUGCCGGAGGAGCACGCGCGGUUCUACGCGGCGGAGAUCUCGCUCGCGCUGCACUUCCUGCACGAGCGCGGCGUCAUCUACCGGGACUUGAAGCUGGACAACGUCCUGCUCGACCACGAAGGCCACAUCAAACUCACCGAUUACGGCAUGUGCAAGGAAGGCGUGCGUCCCGGGGACACGACGUCGACAUUCUGCGGCACGCCCAACUACAUCGCGCCGGAGAUCCUGCGCGGCGAGGAGUACGGGUUCUCGGUGGACUGGUGGGCGCUGGGCGUGCUCACUUACGAGAUGCUCGCCGGACGGUCGCCCUUCGACAUCGCACAGGCCGCAGACAACCCCGACCAGAACACAGAGGACUAUCUCUUCCAGGUGAUCCUAGAGAAGACGAUCCGUAUACCCCGCUCGCUGUCCGUGAAGGCGGCCUCGGUGCUGAAGGGCUUCCUCAACAAGAACCCGGUGGAGCGGCUGGGCUGCGGAGAGAAUGGUUUCCUGGAUAUCAUCAGUCACCCGUUCUUUAAGAGUAUCGAGUGGGAAAUGCUGGAGCAGAAGCAGGUGGUGCCCCCGUUCAAGCCGCGCCUGGAGGGCGAGCGGGACCUCGCCAACUUCCCGCCGGAGUUCACCGACGAGCCGGUUCACCUCACGCCUGACAAUGACACUGUGAUUGCGGACAUCGACCAGUCGGAGUUCGAAGGUUUCGAAUACGUGAACCCGCUUCUGAUGUCGCUGGAGGACUGCGUGUGACAACACGCCUGUCUGCUGCAUCCCUACCACGAUCCCUUGCAGGCGUACGGGUACGGCGUGGGUGCGGAGUCGUCAUCGUCGGACUACGACUCGGUGUGCUCGGAACUACCGCCAAGGAAGCCCACGUUGCUCCAACACAUGUUCUGCUUGCCGCUUAACUGACGACGGAACAAACACUAGCCCGCACCUCCGCACGCGCCAAACACGCUCACCUACAAAGUCACACAUAAAACGGAGAAAUUCUAAAUACAAAUGACACGCUUAGUUAUUAAAGGGAUUCAAUCAAAAUUAUAGUUUUCGAAAAUCGACUUUAUUCCUUUGCCUUUAAAAUCGAUUUUUCAAUAUUUUAGUUUUCACUAAAUGCAAUUUUUGGCAAUUGAUUUAACGCAUAAAAAAAUAUUAGGAUAUAAUCUAUAAUUGUCUGUUUAUAAGGCCGAUUUUACAAUAUUUUAUUUUCAUAGUUCGCAAUAUAAUAGUUGCUUUAAAUCGCAUAAAACAUUUUUUGGAAAAUCG